AAAAACUAAAACUAAAAACUGAAAACCCUUGAACCCGAACCCGAACGUGAACCGAAUUAAACCGAAACGAACAAAACGGGUCCAGUCCCGCUCACCGCACGUCUAUCUCGACGACUCACUUAUUUAGGUCAAGUCAACGGAAUACCAAUCAUUGGGUGACUCACUGGACAUAUAGCAGCCAUUACUUUCUUUUAUUUCUUUUCAUUUCUUCGACGGUUAUAACACAUAACCAAUACUCCCACCGGUCAACAACAACCGAGUCCAGUUCACGGCUCGGCAAAGAAAGCAACCAGUGACGACUGUCUACCUACCUACUCGACAACCAGAACCCAAUACAAAAACAUCAUCACCAUCUUCACUCGUCACAUUGAGCACCACCAAAAUGCCACCAUCCCCGCCUCCAUACAUGGAAGCAAUCCGAACAGCAGGAAGCCAUGUUCAAGACUCAAGAGGACGACGAUCAGACAGUGAAGACAGCGAUAUUGAUAUUCACGGAAACGACCAACAUCAUGACCAAGACGACAGCCAUGAAGAAGAUGAGAAGCACGCAGUCAACAACACCAACACCAACACCAACAACAACGGAGGAGGAGGUGCUCUUUCCCUAGUCAAGACCCUUUCACGAGUAUUAUCAAGACCAGAAUCGAAUUUCGAUCCGGGACCACCGCCAGAUGGAGGCGCAAGGGCUUGGUGUACUGUCGCAGCAACCCACCUAGUAGUCAUGACCACCUGGGGCACCAUCAGCUCCUUUGGCGUUUUCCAGACCUACUACACCUCCACUCUCAACGCUCACUCCCCAUCCUCAGUCGUCACCCCCUCCACCAUCUCGUGGAUCGGCUCUCUCCAAGUUUUCUUGCUCUUCUUCAUCGGCACUUUCACCGGCCGUCUCACAGACGGCGGCUACUUUCGGCACAUUUACCUCUUGGGAACAGCAUUCAUUGCCCUCGGCAUGUUUUCCACCGCCGAUGCCUUGGACGGCCUCACUUCCGGCAAUGGUAAUCAUGGUGAUGCUGCCGAAAGCGCAGUCUGGAAAUUAUUCCUCGCGCAAGGAAUCGCCAUGGGACUAGGCAACGGCUGCCUCUUUUGCCCUUGCGUAGCUACGUUAUCUACAUAUUUCAGCAAGAAACGGAGUCUGGCUAUCGGGAUGGGCGCCUGCGGGACUGCCACAGGCGGCUUGGUGUUUCCGUCCAUGAUGCGCAGCUUGUUGCCUCGCGUCGGGUUCGCAUGGACGGUUCGCGCGAUGGGGUUCAUCUGCGUUGGAUGUCUACUGGGUGCAUUCUGGGUGAUCAAACCACGCACCAAGCCGCGCGGGAUGCGAGGCGCGUUGGUGGAGUGGUCUGCCUUCAAAGAGGGGGAGUAUUCCUUGUUUGUGGCCGGGAGCUUCAUGUGUUUCCUGGGGCUGUACUUUACGUUUUACUACCUUGCGAGUUUUUGCAGGGAUCUCGUCGGGCUAGCGUACGAGGAUAGCUUGAAUAUCCUGCUGGUAUUGAACGGGGUGGGUAUCUUUGGGCGGCUGGUGCCGAAUUACCUGGCUGAUCGGGUGGGGCCGAUUAAUUUGUUUAUUCCGUUUGCGGCGGUGGGCGGCAUUUGUAUGUUGUGCUGGAUGGCGGUCGAGUCGGAGGCGGGACUGUAUGUGUGGGCCGUGUUUUACGGGGCGGCGGCGGGAGGGAUUCAGAGUCUGUUCCCGGCGGGAUUAACGAGCUUGACGACGGAUUUGAGAAAGACGGGCGUGAGGAUGGGGAUGGUGUUCACGUGUAAUAGCUUUGCGACGCUGGCGGGGCCGCCGAUUGCGGGGGCGAUUAUCACGAAUAUAGGGGGUAGGUAUUAUGGCGCGCAGGCGUUUGCGGGGUCGACGUUGUUGUGCGGGACGGGCUUGUUGGCGGCGGCGAGGAUGGUGAAGGCGAGGAAGGCGCAGAGGGAGGGGGAGAGUGGAGGGGUUUGGAAGGUCAAGGUUUGA